CACAGUUCGCAGUUGAUCAAGCGUUUACUUUUCCAGAUUGGUGUAGUCGAAAAUAUUGAGUUAGUUUUUUUUUUUUUUUUUUUUUUUUUUUAAAUAAAAGCAACACAAUUUAGUGAGAUAAGUGUGUGUCUGUCCACAAAACAAAGACUGACAGGGAGUCGCUCUUAAAGAGGCUGGCUAAUACGGAAUUGAACCGCCCCCACACCUCUCGGCUUUACUUGGUGAACAUUCAGUUAACAUAGGAAGAUAGGAAGCACGUUGCUAGUUAGCUUCAAGUAAAGCGCAAUAUUAUCUAUCAACCCACAUUUGCAUGGGUCAUAAAAUAGCUAGGACAUGAUUUUGGAUCCGAUGUACCAGGUUAGGCUGUCAAAUUUCUUGGAUUUAAGUUGAAAUCCAUAGCUUUACUGUCAUGCUAGCUCUGUGACUUGUACUGAAAUGGCCUCUGAGCCGAAUCUUUCAGUUUUUUUCACUUCUGGUGUGGAGGAAAUCAGCUGUCUGUCACACUAAGGUGAGAGUCUCUACAUAUAGAGCUCGUCAUGAAAGCUCUCGGUGCGCGCUCCGCGUUCUACGUGGGCUUUCUGGUGGGCACGUGCAGUCUGUACCUGCUGCUGAGUCAAGUGGGGUUCACGCGGAACUUAAGGUCUCAUGAGCGCGAGACCCACGAGAAAAGCUUACUGCAGAUGAUGGAAGAAGAAAACAAGAACUGGAAAAAGGAGAGGUCGGCUCUCUUCAACCUCAAUCAUCCGCACCAUACAGGUGAGGAUGGCAAACUGGCAGAUGCUCUCUAUAAACGUGUACGCAUUCUGUGUUGGGUUAUGACUGGCCCUAAUAACCUCGAGAAAAAAGCUCGACAUGUAAAAGCCACAUGGAGUCGCCACUGCAACAUUGUAGUCUUCGUAAGCUCUGUGGAUGACCCCGAUUUUCCCACGGUUGGCCUAAACACCAAGGAAGGUCGGGAUCAGCUGUACUGGAAAACGAUACGUGCUUUCCACUAUGUCUUGGAGAAGCACGGGGACGAGGCGGACUGGUUCCUCAAAGCGGAUGAUGAUACUUAUGUGAUCGUCGACAACUUGCGCUGGAUUCUGGGCAGCUACUCUCCAGAGGACCCUAUUUAUUUUGGCCGGCGGUUUAAGCCGUACGUAAAACAGGGUUACAUGAGUGGUGGCGCUGGCUACGUGCUCAGCAAAGAGGCUCUGAAGAGGUUUGUGGAGGGCUUUCGCACCAAAGUGUGUACUCACACUACCUCAGUGGAGGACUUAGCUAUGGGUCAGUGUUUAGAGAAGGUAGGCGUUGUGGCAGGAGACUCCCGAGACAGCUUACAAAGAGAGACAUUCCAUCCUUUCGUACCCGACUCCCAUCUCACUGGCACAUUUCCCAAGACUUUCUGGUAUUGGAACUACUGUUAUUACCCCAUUGUGCAGGGUCCACAGUGUUGCUCAGACCUGGCUGUUUCUUUCCACUAUGUGGAUGCGUCACACAUGUACCUGCUGGAAUACUACACUUACCACUUGCGUGCCUUUGGCUACAAAUACCGCUAUCAGGCCCCUGAACCCAAAGUCAUAGAAGACUUAAAUGACCCAGUCCCAGACGAAAUGGAAACCGGAGACUCGGAGCAAAAGCUGGAGGUAGAUGCACAUGAAGGAGAAGAACAAUCCCCUGAACUUAAUGAAAACUCAUAGCAGCUUUUUGCAUAAGAUUUAAAAAACAAAACAACAGCAACAAAAAAAAAAAAAACAUUUAAAAUCUUCUUCCAAUAAAACUCGUUUUGGGAUGGCUUUACCUUUUUGUUUGGAUAAUGUCUUUAAAUGUGUCCUAUAUUAUGCCACAGAAAUGUGUGCAUGACAUGUUUGUGUGAUUUAAUGAACUGGUACAGUUUGAAAGGGUGUUCCUUUUAAUAAUGCAUUUGGAUGUGAAUGUUUAAAUAUAUAUGACAGUGCAGAAUUGUAUGAAAUUAAGGUUAAGACAUGUUUACGGUUCUUGGGAUGUGAUUCAUUUAGUGUAUGAACCUGCCUUAACAGCAUAAUGAAAGGCUGUAUUUAUAUUUAGCAUUCAUUUGGGGUUUUUUUAUAUACAUAUAUAUAAAAAUAUGAAUUGUGUGUUUGCUCUGCACUGUGCAAUCAUAAGCACACCACCAUGUAUGAUUUAACAGCAAUUCCAUAAAAAAGGGGCCUUGAUUUUCCUUUCAUUUGCUCAUUCCCUUGAAUUAGUGCCUCUGCUCUGAUCCAGAGAAAUAAUGCAUUUCCAUAUGUCCCUGGACUGCGUUUGUAUUGAGUUUAGGCAAUAUUUAAACACAGAGCAGGUUAUAUUGUAGUUUUUUUUUAUAGCUUGCAAACAUUCAAGCUCCAGCCUUGUUUUCUCCACACAACCUACAAUAUCUUGCCAAAUUUGAAUAUGUACACACUGCUUCACCUAAGAUUACAUCAAUAUAAAGAUUAACCAGGUUGUAUUCCUUCAGUUGACACCCUUCUCUUGAAGUUCAGAAUACAGAUUAGUACAACAUUAAGAUCCUGUUGGCUGGCCCAAUAGUUCCUAUAGGGAAGAAAUAAAGGAAGAUAUGACUGCUUAAGUACACUUUCUCCAUGCUAGUGGGAAUUUUGGUCUUGGUAAAUGAAUGGCGUAUUGUAACACACUGUGAAGCAUGCAGGUUAUGAAUUACUGGAUUUUUCAGACCAUAUAAUGCUUUAUUUAAUUGACUGGAGUAUGACUGUGAAGGUUUUUGUUUAUCUAGGAUUGUUUGGUUUUGUGUCGUUUCACACCGCUAGUGUGGCAACUACUACAGCAGUCUGUGUGCGAGAUUAAAUAUGCUGAUUUUACAACUGAAGCAGCCACUUGUCCAGAGUAGUGAAAAUUAUUGUGAUGUAUGUUUUAUGUCUCAAUUUCUCAGUUAUUUGUGUGCAUUUGCUAUACUUAAAGAGAAAGUUCACGCAAAAAUAAAAAAACAUUCUGUCAUUUAUUCACUCUCAUGUUGCUCCAAACCCGUGUGACUUCCUUUCUUCUGUUAAACAAAAGAAGAUAAUGUGAUUUUUUUUUUUUUUAGUCCAUUAUAUGGACAAAAAUAUUCUUCAAAAUAUCUUCUUUUUUGUUCCACAAGUCAUACAUGUUUGAAAAGACAUCAGGCUGAGUAAAUGACAGUUUUUUAUUAUUAUUUUUUGAACUAUGCCUUUUAAAUGUGCUGGUAUUGGUAAAAUAAUGCACACUUAAAGUGUAUGUUAUUCAGAUUGACUUUAUAUUCAAGAAUGGUAGGAUUUGAGAUAAAGCUGAGAGUUAAAGCAGAGGCUGCAGAAGAAAGUAAUGAAGAAUCUGCACUGGCAAACAUUUUGACUGCACUGCUUAGUAACUUAAACUGCCACAAUUAUAAUGGAUUUCAAAUAAAGUUUAUUUGAAUGAAUAAACUUAUUUGAAGUGGAAAUGAGUUUUAUUUUAAUACAAAUCACUGUUGCUUUUUGACCACUUCCAGCACAACAUCACUUUUGCAUUUGUAGAAUUUAAUGGUUUUUAAGUGAAUUGAUCAAACGAGCAUAUAUACAUUCUUGGUAUAAUUAUCCUUAUUUUACUGCUUAAUGAAAUUCUGGGUACAUCUUGAAGUUGUUAAGGAAAUGAUGAUGGGUUUUGACUAAACAUGAACCAGCUUUACUUAUUAGUGAGUCUUCAAUAUGGUGUGAAUUAUGGAAAAAUCUCUGAUAAAAAAAUGUUUAUUGUGUUCUGUGGUGUUCUGUUGAUUUAGAGGAAAAGCACUCGAAUUUGCACCACUCACUUCAAGUAUGAUCUAAUUGUUUUAACAAGCAGUCAGCUAAGAAAUGUUUGAAUGUACUCCUACUUCCCUAGUGUGUUGAUGAUCUUCCUCAGAAAAACUCAUUUGCUAAAAAUCCUUUGUAAACAUUCCAUUUUCCUUUUUCAGAUCCUCAACACAACAAUGAAAUGCAAAUCUUAAAAGGAGUAGAGUUUUCUUUGUAGACAUUACAUUGAGCAAAGUGUUUUGCGAAAGUGCGUUGACAAAGAAUUCAUCCAUAUUUGCUUCUGCAAUUUGGGAGAUGUGUAGUGGAUUAUAUAACGAAGAGGAAACUCAACUUGUCACAAAUGCAUCAGAACCAUUCAUAGUGCAAACAUCAAAACCAGCAGGAAGAUGCAAAUGUCCUUUCCAAUCUUGUUAAAGCAAAUUUGCAUUUCUGAAUUGAUGCGUUUCAUGCCCUUGUCUUUAAUCCAAAAGUAUGUUUUUCUGUUUUUUUUUUGUUUUUUGUUUUUUUGUUUUUUCUUCAGUGGGGUCUUUUAUGUACAAAGGGAAUCCUGUACAGUUCUUUCACAACAAUCUUUUAUUUAUAAAAGAGUGUGUGAGGCAAAUGUGUGACAGGAAUAAUUCAAUGAGGAACAUUAACCAGCAUAUUAAAUAAAGACUUAUUUUGCAGUA